GCAGAUUCCUUUAUUUUCUAGUUUUGAAAUUCCAUGGUUUCGGAAUUGAAAUUUUUAAUAAUUGGUGGAUAUUUAUUAAUUAUUGUUAAUUGGCCCUAAAAUAAUCAAUACAGCAAUUCAUCCUAAUUUCACCUGUUGGUAUGACGCAAAGUCAGUCAACUCCUGAGGAGGCAACUCAGGAUGAAGCUAAUGAAAGUUUCAAUAGCUUAAUGGUGAAUAUCGGAGUGGGAAGAUAUCAGACUGAAAUAUACAGCGACAUAAAUAAUUCCCAAAAGGAAUCAGUUCCAAAAGUAAUCACAAAAAAAGGAAACGAAAUUGCCCAUCAACACACACAAGAAGAAAUUACUGAAAGUAAGAAAAUUCCUAUUGAAAAUAAUCUUGAAGAAACAUUUAGUAGCCCUAUUAUAAUACCAUCAAAAAAAAUUUUGAGGAAUAUUCCUUCAAACAAAAAAGUAUACGAUGCUGUAAUAUUAGAUUCCAAGUCAACCGAAAAAGCCAAACGCAGGGUAACUUUUCAUGAUGUUAGUGGGGUGACGAAUGAACAGCUCCCAGAAGAAACCGAAAGCCCUAUAAUAACUGGAAAAAUACUAAAAAACGACUCAAAGGAUAUCUGGGAUGAAACCAUUAAAUUGAACAAAAAAGUUCCAGCAAAAAAAAUUAAAGAACCAAGUCCUCUGAAUAUAACUACGAGUAGAAAAUGUUUGGAUUUUUUUGAAAAAACCACAAAGAAAUCCGAUGAAUUAUGUAAACCAGAUAAAAUUGCUCUUCAAGAAAAGAAUCCACAACCUCUUUUGAACUACGAUGUUAGUGAAUCUGUUCAGGUUACAAAACGAAAUAUGAAUCGAACAAGAACAUCAGUAGAACAAUUUGACAUAGAAAAGUUGUUUGAUAAAAAAAUCGGUAACAGAAAGCUGAGUAAUGGAGAAGUUUCUUUGCAAAAAAAGACUCCAUUACCUUACAAUGGUAGCAGUGGUUCAGAAGACGACGAAGGCACAAUUAAAUUCCACGUCCAACAAGCUGAAGUACACGUGUCCGGCUACUUUGAGAAACCAACUCUAGAAAAGUUUGAUAAAACUAGAGAACGUGAACAAUUUGAAAGAAUUGAAGACUUUGAAAACAUGUCGCCAGAACCAGCAACUCCUAAGGAUAUGAAUUCCUUGUUUGAUACGCUCCGCAAAGACUAUUUGCAGACCAAGAAAAUAACCAAAGCAACUUCCAGGAGGUCUUACAAUUCGGCUCGUUAUUCUUAUCGAGAACAGACAAUGGAUUACGACAUGGAAAUUCAUAUUGAUAAUGCUAAAGUGGAUAUGCCUACAAGCCUGAAACCUACCAAAAGACGUCGCAAGUUGGAUACAUCCGUUAGCUCAGCAAAAAAUGAAAAAGUGGGACUUCACGAUGUAGCUAAGGCGAUUCAUGAGCUUACGGAUAGUAUGACUGCUCUGCAAAAUGUUUUUAUGUCAUGCGAAAAACUAGCUUUGCCAGAACAGUUUGAAAGCCCCAUAGUUGGAAAGAUGGACGUGGUCGGAAAUGAAGAUGAACCCACCUUGGAAAUGCAGAUAGAUCAAGAAACUUUUAGCUCAGCUUUACAUUUGAUUCGCUCAGGUGUAGAAAUGGUUUCCUCAGGUGUAGCUUCGCUAGCAUCAAAUAUAGAUAAUAAAAAUAAAGCAUAAAAAGGAGACAUAAUUGCUUCAAUUGUAAUAUAUUUAUUGCUUGUAUUGUUAAUAGUUUUUUAAUGUUUAAUUUAUUGUUUGUUUGAAAUUAUGUUUAUUCAGUUUUUCAAUCAAAUUGUUGAAACGUAUUUGUUAUAACUUCCUACUAGUAGGUAGAUAUAUUAUUGUAGAAUAUAGGUAGGUAUAGUUUUUCCAAAGUCUAGUGACAGUGCAUUUCUUAUGGAAAUUUUCAGUGACCAGUCAGCCACCAGUUGGUUCCUUGUUCCAAUUGAGUUUGGAAAUACUAUACCUAUGUAAUUAUUGUAAUUCAUAUAGGUAUUUUAUAGCAUUAAGCAUUAUCUAGUGCAAUUAUUGUAAUUUAGGUCUUUUGCUAGCUCCUAUUAAUUUCUUAACAAUUUUCAUUAAAACUGUAGUAUGUAUUUGAAUUCUAAUUUCAAAUGGUUUUUAUUUUAUGCUAUUAGACACUUUAAGCAGGUCCUGAAUUUCAAACGUAUAUCCGUAUCCGCAUCGAUCUGCGCAAGCGCAGAAUAGAUACGGUGGUUUCGUUGCGUUGUCCGUAUCAUUACGGGCCUAGCCUUGUAUCCG